AGUCGCGCGCGGGCCGUCAGCGAGGGAGGUUGUGUCGCGUCGACGGGCGGAGCGUAUAGAUUCUGGCGGGAGAAGGGAUAGGGACGUUUUAGUGACCGUCAAUAGCACGUUGUGGUUUCGCGGAGGGCACUGAAGGCAGGCGUGGAAGAAAGACGAAGUGAAGAACUCGUAGCAGAAAGACGAGUGAACGGGUCACAAUGAGCUGGCUGCUGACUGUCUGUUUGUCUGCCUCACUCUUCAUGGCCGGCGACAGUGAACUCGGUCAUUCUCACGGGUACGGGGUGUACCACCACCACGCGCACUACUCGUACGAGCCGAUACCGGGCGGCAACAACUACAACACGACCGUGUUGGAGGGCGACGAGGCGGUGCUCAGGUGUCGGCUGAAGGAGCCCGCCGGCAGGAAGAUCACCUGGCUGCGUCGGCGCGACUGGCACAUUUUGUCGUCCAACCUGCAGCUCUACAUCCAGGACGAGAGGUUCCAGGUGACCCACCCAGGCGGCUCGGACGAGUGGAACAUGCACAUCAAACCGGUCCAGUACUCGGACGCCGGCAGCUACGAGUGUCAGGUGACUGACGGUGAGCAGGUGCUCUCCACCUUCAUCCACCUGCGAGUGAAGAGACCGCGGGCUCUGAUCAGCGGCACCCGCCAGUACCACAUGGUGCCCGGUAGCAGCCUCAGCAUCAACUGCACCGUCAUAGAGACGCGGUACCCGGUGCGGGUGGUUUCCUGGCUGAAGGACGACGUGCCGCUGACGCCGGCGCCGCCUCCGCUGACGCCCGAUGCCGACGGGCCGCGGCUGACGGUGGAGACGCACCGCGGGGACGUCAACACCACGUCACUGCUGACGCUGGCUGCCGUCGGCGCUGACGACUCUGGCGUCUACACGUGCCGCGCCCGCGGAGCAGCGCCCGACAGCGUCAAAUUGUUCGUCGAUAACGCCGACAAGACGGCCGCCAUCAGCCGGCGGAACAGCACCGGUAGCGCGCUCAGCGGACGGGGGCCGGCCACCUGGCUCCUGCCGGUCACAGCCUGUCUGCUGGCCAGGUAG